CAGUUUUGAAGCUGAUUGAGUAGUCUGAUGUCUCUGUUUAUCAUCAUGAUUGCACUGACAGUACAGUCUGUACAAGCUGUGUGUUUAUCCCUUUUCUGCCAGUGAAAAAAAGCGACACCUCCGUUGUUUUGUAGCUGUUUUCGUUUGUGAAGGGGGGUGCACUUGGCCACAGUGCGCAUUGAAUGACGGUGAUCCAGAAGAGACGGACUAGAUCGGGCCAGCUCAUGUUGCGUCCUGUUCUCGCCGAGUAGAUUCAGCUGAUGUGCUAUGCAGUGCUUUCCAACGGAGAAUGGGAAAACCGAGCGAAGAAAAGAUAAUCGACAGCUCGAUGCUACGCAGACAGUAGUGACAGGAUGGUCUCAUACAUAGUUUGCUAGAUCGUUUCUCGACAACGUAGAAUAGUAUUAGAUAGCUGAGUUCGAAGUGGGUCGGCUAGACGUCUAUCUUAUUGGUAAAUGUAGCGUUUGAUUCGUGCAGGCUGUUCAGUUCUCGUCUUGGACAUUAUCGAUAGAAAAUAUUUUAAGAAUGAGUACGGACAAUGUUCUUCCCUGGCUUGCACCUGGUUCGCAACGCAGAGGUAGGGGACCGAACGAUCCUCGCCUGCAAGUAUACGUUCCGUUGCGAGCUAGGACGGCGGUCACUCCGCACGGCACAGAAGCGGAUGGUGUGUGCGAAUGCACGACGACCGGUAAGAAGUGGACGGUGGAUGGGCGAACCACGCCUCGAUCAUUGAUCAAGGAGGCUUCUCAGCCUCACAGCCGCAGUGCUCCCAACUUGCCGCAACGUAGCGCAAUCGGCGGUGAACGGCCGCACGCUACACGCAUUACUGCUUCUGGACUGCCUCAUCAGUGGAGUGAUGCGCCAGGUAGUCUUGUACGAUCUCAUAGUAGUGUUCGUGGUGGUGCUGUGGUGACCAGUGUAAGGGCAUCACACGCCCUUGACCCACACCGUCCCCCAUAUCACCCAGUAAGUGGGAACAUACCAGGUGAGCUGGUACGGAGCAGAGGUGCUUUGCGUACAACUGGCCAGUCCACGCAUGGUAUAGAUCGCGAGGAGUUUGCUAGCAACAGUAGUCCAGCUGUGUUGAGAGAUCCAGCUGCGGUGGAUAAUGGACCGAAUGCUAGCCGCCCGCAGGGCACGAUGAGAACAGCAUCGUCAGUCCAUUUGCCGUCGGCACUGCGCCAAAAGGACCGGCCAUCCCGUCACAGCAGCGCGAGGGGUGGCGUGCGGGUGGCGUUUGCCGCUGACUCUGUCCCACAAGCACACGCACCAGCAGUAGUAGCUGCACUCAACGCACGCGGCACAAGCAGUGCUGGUUCGUCGUUGGAUUGCGACUCGUUUGCUGACCUUCUAGACUAUGACUACGAUAACGACAGUGCAGGUAGCAGUAGUGCUGGCAGUGCAGCGUCCAUCGUUCCCUCCACGACAGCGCCACACCUUGGCAAUAGAGCAGUGACAUCAUCGGCUGCUAGGAUGACAUCGUCGGCUAGUCGUGCUACAUCUCGGCGGAGUGGGGAUGGCACGCCAGCUGACGCGGCGACGGCUCUGCGGGCUGCCCAGGCGGGGUCGUCUCGGCCCUUUUCUGCACUGGAGGACCGCUAUAGGCAAUCCACCGGGGCACGACCCUACCAACGACCGUACUCGGCGAUGGCAUCCGUCAACCGCAACGCUUUUGGCGGCUCAAAUCCCCUCUCGAUACACGGCCAUGGUACACCUCAGCAGCAGAUGCUGGUUAGACUGCAACGUGAGGCGGUUCGUCCACCAGAGCCUCCACAGCUGGCAUGGAUGCCUCUGGCGAAGUCGGCAAAGCUUCACGCACGCCCGGCAUCCAGCAAACCAAGGCCGAAGUCAUCGGGUCGUAGGCCACAGCGGCGUAUAGCCUCAGCUCCACCGCGAGUGCGAACGGCCCCUGUGCCCGCAGAUGACCUGAGCACAGUGAACAGUGCAUCAUUGAUGGACGCUGACGGCAUCGGGUCAGCACCUCCGUCCUCUCCUGCUCUUAGCCAUCGCACGGCUGUGGCGGAUGAUGUUGACACUGGUCCCAGUGAACCACAGGUGAUCGUGGAGGACAUAGAAGAUGUGGAUGAUGUGGACGACCGACUUCAAGCCUUGGAGCUGGAAGGAGAAGACAACGAGGAGGUCUUCGAAGAUGAAGGGUACGUUGAGGCAGAGGAAGACGGUGCUGACGUUGUGGAAGAAGCCGUGGAGGUGGAGGUACCGGUGGUAACCCAGAGGGAACCCACGCCACCACCAUUGGAGAGAAGAAAAUCGCUCCGAAAGGCCAAUUUUGGUUCCAAGAAGAAGCUGGGACUCGUCGACGAUAGCGACCUGCUGAGCGAGUAUAUGCGCAAUCGUCAUCGCGGCAAAAUGGCCUCAGACGGUGAUGCAGAAGACUCGGAUUCGGAAAGAGUAUUUGAUAAAAAGGACGUAUUUGCUCCAUCAAUCCUGGCAUGUCGCUUUGAGCUACCGAUCUCGUUUGAAAUGCUGGCCGGUAUUUCACCGAAGGAGUAUCUGUUGAAGUACUGCAUCAUUCUGCCGCGCCGCAUCAAGUGGUAUGACCAGGCGUUCUUCACAAUCGACAAGCUACGAAAGGGCAGCCUCUCCUUGAAGGAGGCUAGGAUGGCACUGUCGCAAGUACACGUGGAUGCCCUACACAAUAGCGACCUGGACAGAGUCAUGGAGCUGGUGGAUCUGCCGAAAGACUUCGUUGUCGAUCGCAAGCUGUUCCAUGGCAUAGCGGCCUUAUCGGAGCGUGUCCUUUGCAUCAAGCUACGUGACCAGGGCACAGUGGUCGUAGAGCGAGAGUUAGUCGAGAAGGUCGAUUUCAACUGCAUCGACUUCAAGCUGGAAGGCGUGAAGGUGUCGAAAGGUUUGCGUGCUCUGUUCAAGUGCAUCAUGAUGGACACUCCGCGCCAAGGCACUCCUGAAGACUGAACGUAAAUGCGAUCGAGUCGACCCGUGCCCGAUUCAGUGGUGACCCACUGGCUGCCGUGUAGGGCCUUGGUACCCUGAUGGGACACAGUUGUACCUGUGCGGCUCUGUCAUUAGUAGCCUGUGACUACGCUAUAGCACAGUUUAUGGUCCAGGAUUGUGCUUAUACUACAGUAAUAGUUCUAACUACUUUCUGUCCUUGAACGUUUCAAGCCCAUUUCGUUUCGUUGAGACUCAGUACCUAUCUUGACUCAUCAUGCCAAAAGCACCCCGUAUAGUAUGUCUUGAACCUGAAUCGAACAUUUUUUUUAGCGUUAUUAAUACAUACUAGUACUUCCCAAUCAACCUAGUCGUGUUGGCAAAUGAACACAGUUCGUAUCUCACCCGCAGUUUAUAUGUGGGUAUCAACUUUCUUCUAGAAGAUCAUGCUCAACGUAUACCAAGAGCGAGUGCAAUUCCGUACCGUCCUGCAUAGGGUAUGUGUCACUUUCUUGUCAGGCAUUGUUAACAUUUUUGUCAUACGA